AUGGCAAGUGAUCCAUUACCACUGGAGAUUGCUUCUCAAUCUCAGACUGCCAUUGACGCUCAGACUGCCGCUCAAGAUCCGAAGAAAGAUAUUGCUUGGGAAUGGGAUGAAAGCACUUCUAAAAGAAACACCCUUAUUUGUAAGUUACAUAAGAAAAUAGUAUCAGGGGGAAUCACUAGGUUCAAGUUGCAUAUAUUGAGUAAGAGAGGGGAAGUUACAGGAUGUCCUAAUGCAACUAGAGAAGUUAUUGUCAAGAUUAGAGAUGUUGAUAUAGUAAAGAAGAAAGAAAAGGUUCGCAGGGGUCAGAUUGAUCUGAUGUAUGCAGCUACUGAUUUUGAUGGAGAAUCUGGAGGCGACGAAGAUAUUGAGGUACAUGGGGUUGAAGCUGAUGUCAUUGUUCCAUCUAAAAGAAAAUUUAAAGGCAUAAGUAAUGUAAGAGGUCCUAUCAAAGAAUUCAUGAAAACUGAUUUCUCAAAAGUGAAGCAAACAACACUCGAGAGACAAAGUGAUACCAAAAAGAAGCUGAAGGAUAAAGCCUGGGAUAGUAUAUCCGCUUGGAUGACUGAAAAUGUUAUACCUUUUAAUACUGUAAGUUCCCCUAGUUUCCAAGGGAUGAUCAAUUCUAUUGGAGAUUAUGGAAAAGCUCUGUCGGCGCCAUCAUACUAUCAUAUCCGUUCAACUCUCUUCGAUAGGCAUCUUGAAGAAAUGAAGAAUUUUGUUGAGACGUUUAGACCACAUUGGAAGAGAUUUGUCUGUUCUAUUAUGUCUGAUGGUUGGAUAGAUGGAAAGGGGCGUCAUCUUAUUAACUUCGUGGUAAAUUUUCCAAAAGGAUCGGUCUUCUUGAAGUCGGUGGAUGCAUCAUCACGAACAAAUGAUCAAUUUUACAUAGCUGAACUUGUUAAUGAGGUGAUUGAAGAUGUUGGGAUUGGUAAUAUUGAACAAUUUAUUAGUGAUAAUGGUUCUAAUUUUAAGGUUGUUGGGAAGGUUUUAAUGAUUGAUCAUCCAACCUUGUAUUUGACUUCGUGUGUUGUCCACUGCGUCAACUUAAUGCUGGAAGAUCUUGGUAAGAAGAUUACACCGAUAACAAGAGCUUUCACUCUAGGUAAGAGAGUUGUUACAUACAUUUAUGCUCAUUUCCAAGUGUUAGAUUUGAUGAAAGAAAUGACAGGGCAGAAAGAGUUGCAUCAGUCUACAAAAAAUAAAUUUGCAACCCAAUAUUAUACACUUAAAAGCCUUCUUGAGCAUAAAAAUGCAUUGCAAAUGAUGUUUGUCCAUGAGAAGUGGACGCAGUCUAGGGUAGCUAAAGAAGUUGUGGGGAAAAUAAUUGUUAAGAUUGUUGCUAGUGGUGCAUUUUGGGCACAUUGUGAUUUCUCAUGUAAGGUGUUGAAACCUUUAGUAGAUGUUGUAAGAAUGGUGGAUAUCGAGCUGAAGCCAACCAUGGGUGUUAUAUAUGAAGCAAUGAGAUUGGCAAGGGAAAAGCUACAGAUAACAUUUAGAGAAGAUAAAGGGACUUUGGACAAGAUCAUGGAUAUUAUUAAUGAAAGAUGGGAGGACCAGUUAGAUCACCCUCUCCAUGCAUCAGCUUGGUACUUGAACCCGUCUAUAUUUUACAAGAUUCCGCAAGAAGAAAUUGACAGUAGCUCAAAGUAUUCGAAGAUAAAGAUAAGAAUUUUUAAUGCAAUGGAAAAGCUCAUAACUGACGACAACGAUCAUGACAAGGCUAUAAAUCUGUUGAGAUUGUACGGUGAUGCAUAUGGAGCGUUAGGAACGCGAGCUGCAGUCAGAAGCAGGGAUACUACAGCACCUUAUGAUUGGUGGACCACUUACGGCGGGAUGGAUGUUCCAGAACUCCAAAAAUUUGCGAUAAGGGUCUUGAUCCAAACUUGUAGUGCUUCAUCGUGUGAGCGAAAUUGGAGCACAUUCGGCAAUAUGCAUACAAAGAGGCGCAAUCAUUUCUUACAACAAAAGUUGAAUGACUGUGUUUAUAUUCAAUAUAACAAGAAAUUGCAGCGUAGAUACGAAGAAAUACAAAGACAUAAUUCUGGGGGGCCUGCAAUCCCUAUUUUUUUGGAUGCACUUGACGAAGAAGAUAACUGGUUGGACCCGGAGAACUUGAGUGAUUUGCUUCAUCAAGAUGAUGAGUUUACAGGUGCUCAAGCAAACCAUGCUAUGGUUAUCAGUUCAGGACCAGUUACAAGAAGUAGCCGACGAGUUCCUAGGAUCCACUCUCCAAUUGAUGUGUGGACGAUGAAUUUGAUUAUGAUUUUAACUGUGAAGCUCGAGUACCUUCCAGCGAGGGAUUAUAUGGUGUUGGACGUCCUUUGGCUGAUCCUGCAAACGCCAUUAUGGAUGAUCUACUUUAGAAAUCUAACUAAUGGCAGUAUGACACCCAUGUUAUUUACCUCUGAUUCUGAUUUCCAGAAAUGUAACUAA